AGGGCAAGUGUGGCUGCAAGAGUGUGUUGAUACAUGAGCACAUACAGGAGAGAGAGAACGACAGAGUCGACAAAUGUGUGUGGGUGUGUGUUACACACAAAACUAGACAUUCAUAACUCAAGCAAAAAAGGAAGAGAGGCUGAAAGCUGCUGACAAACACAUUAUGAUGAUACUUUGUUUUGUGGAUUUAAAGGCCUCUGGAUUAUCAAAUCACUGGAUUGUAAAGCAUGGGGCAGAGCCUGGAGAUCAUGAAGUGUGUGAACCAGUCACAGCACAGCAACUCCUCACUGGUGGAGUACAGAGAUCCAGAGAUUGUGCUGCUUGGUGCUGCUAUGGCCAUUCUGAUUCUGGCCAUAGUUUUUGGUAACAUCCUGGUGAUUACAGCCAUCCUGCGGUUCCAGCGGCUCCAAACGGUCACCAACCUCUUCAUUACCUCUCUGGCUGUUGCCGACCUCAUCAUGGGCAUGGUUGUGGUGCCUUUUGGUUCCAGCAACAUCUUGCUGCAACACUGGCAGUUUGGAAACAUCAUGUGUGACCUCUGGACAGCUACUGACGUGCUGUGUGUAACAGCCAGUAUCGGAACACUGUGUGUGAUUGCUCUGGACCGCUACCUCGCCAUCACCUCGCCACUCCGAUACCCAACACUGCUCACCAGGGGUCGGGCCUUGGCGGUGAUACUUGGGGUGUGGACAGUAGCCUCCCUCAUCUCCUUCCCGCCCAUCCAUCUGAAGUUGUGGGUGGCAAACAAUACAAAUGCUCUGAAUUGCUCAAGGAGAGAGGACUGCUGUGAGUUCAACACCAAUCCAGAGUAUGCUGUGUCCUCCUCAGUUGUAUCGUUCUACCUGCCACUGGUGGUGAUGAUUUUCCUGUACACUCGGGUGUUCCAGGAGGCCCAGAAACAGUUGGAGAAGAUCAGAGGCAGGGAGAGGCAUUUCUAUAAUUUGCAUUACACUGCACAGCCGGUGCUGGGUAAACUCAAGGCAGGAGCUGAGUUGGGAGAGGAUAGACUAAACCUGCAGAAAACAGAAAGCAUGGAAACUGGUAUAGGGGAAAAGGGAGAAGAGAACAGAUCAAGGACAGAAAAGGGGGAAGGAAAAUAUUCUGCCACAAAGCGUCUUAAGAUUUGUCUGAAGGAGCACAAGGCUGUAAAAACUCUGGGGAUUAUCAUGGGGACCUUCACACUGUGUUGGCUGCCCUUCUUCAUCCUCAACAUCCUCCAUCACUGGAUCUGCUUGGGUGACAUUGAUCUAGUCUUCAAACUCCUCAACUGGCUGGGAUACGCCAAUUCAGCCUUCAACCCGCUCAUCUACUGCCGAAGCCCCGACUUCAGACACGCCUUUCAGGAAAUACUCUGUUUGAGGGGAAAGGGGGGAGGCUGGGCAGGGAGGAGAGGAUGGAGAUGGGGACGGGGAUGGUGCAAAGAGAGAAAUAAUCACUCCAAGCCCUUAGGGAGGACAAAUGGGGACUCAGACCUGAAUAGGGGGCUGGAUGUUCACCAGAGGACAGGGUGGGAGGGCAGUCUGGAGAGCUCUAUCCGAGACAGCCCGCUCACCCUGACUUCUGCGACUUCUUGCUGUGAGCAGGUUUUAGAGGUAGCUCCGGGUUCUCAGACGAACUGGCAGGCUAACAGUUCUGCUAAUGGGAGCUGUAAGCAAAAUCUGACUUCUAUUGCUUGACCAAAUAGGAUAUUAGAAUUCAUAUUGUGCAGUAAACACCAGUUUGAUGACGUUUAUCGUGUCUGUGUUGAGAACAACUCAACUUUUUGAUCGAUUUGAGCCCGUAGCUCAUUGUGUUGUCAACAAAUACCCUGUCAGGUGUAUUUCUGUCAGUGUUACUGGGUUUUACUUGUGUUCACAGUUCAACAUUGUAGAUCACAACUACAAAGGCAGCUACACAAGUAGACCAUAUUUCGCAGCAUGUGUCAGCUCUAAAAGAGGUCUGACUACUUGAGAGACAACUUUAUUGAAUAAAUAAAACCAAGCAUUAAAAGUUUCAUCAAACUGGUACUUAUAACAGAGGUAUUAUUGGAAGUUGCCUCUGUUAUUUUAUCCACCCAUUGUUUGUAUGAAUUAGACUGCAUAUGAAUUGUUACUGAACAGGUCAAAUAAGCAUUACAUUUUAAGGAUACAUGAGCUGUUACAUGUAUCACAGUAAAUAAGCGAUGACUGCUGGAUAGUGAUACAAAUAUCUUGCAUGUUCAUGCAUUCCAUAUAGUCAAAAUUCAAAGUUGCUGUAGCACCAACUACUUAUGAUCAAUGGUAGAACAUUCAGAAUUUACUGAACAACUUCCACUGGACUUGCUAUUUUCUACAUAAACCCACACGGCAGGAAACACGAGCAGGAAUUUAGCACUACAUUUAUAGUGUUAAUAACUUUGUCUGCCAACAACAAAAGUCCAAACGAAACCACCACAAAGAAGAGAUUUAAAAAAAAAAAAACUCUGUUGUUUGCCCUUUGGCUAAAAGUCUUAUUAAGAGAGAGAGGGUCCCAUUUGAAGCUCACUUAUAAUAACCGACCUCAGACUAUCAAAAACAGUCUGUUUUUUCAUUCCUUCCUGAUAAACCUCACAGCUGGUCCAAAACCAUUUACUGGUGUAUUUGUGUAUCAGAUAAACAUCUUGUGACUAUAACUGUUCUUUCUCUCACUGUGCUCUGUCUCUUUCAUCACGUAUUUGCUGGGUCUAUUUUCCCUCUCUCUCCAAACAUUGCUAUCUACCAACUCUUACCUUUUAUAUCCCGUCUGCUUUAACUCUUUUAUAGUAAGAACAUUGUAAUCUGUCAGACAGAGCUGGGGAGAUAAUUUUCAAGCAGUGGGAUCUGUUUCCACAGAAUCAUCUUUUACGCUCUCUGUCAAAACAUAGCAAUCAAAUUACACGUUUAAGUAUAUUACUCAGAAACUUGGUCGAAGGGAAAGUAUUUGGAUUAGUUUUUAUGUAAUUACAUUACUCAAAAUCAAAUCACAUUUUGAAAAUAACCUCCCCAGCCCUGCUUUUACAUGUAUAAAUAAUUAUUUAAGUUGGAUUAAAACAAAAUAGUGUACUGUAAAUAUGAUCUGCAAGUGUCUGUCUGUAUGUUUUGUGUACAUGUGAUUUCAGUGAUUGUUGACUGUUGUGUGCAUUUUAAAACUUGAAACAUGCCACUGAAUAUCUGUAAUUUACUGUAAUGUGAUAGGGAUUUGGUUUAUCUAACAGCCCAGAAAAGAAAACUGUAGUUUUGUCUUCAGUGGGAAUAAAAUAGAAUAGCUGAGUUUUAAAAUGCUUUGUGACAAAUGCCAGAAAUUACAGGCACUGAUCACACUGUCCCACGUAAUAAAUCUAAUUUAUCUGGCUCUCAAAAAAGAGAAAAAAUCAAACUAUGAUGUCUGUUGAUACAGGUGGACAUUUGAUUAAAUGCAUUAAGCAGCACUGAAAUACCAGUGUGUCUAUCUUCGGAUUCUUUGACAAAUCUGAAACUGAAAGUUAGUUUGAGAAGUGGAUUCUCUUUUCUACCUCUGUCAGCCACAUGAAUGUCAUUUCAUCUCUGUACAUAUUUAUUCGUAAACUGUUGUACAUGUUUGUGAGUAAAAAGAUGAAGUUUGAAACUGUA